AUGCCGUCCCCUGGAAAAGUCGCCGCGCCUCAGGCAGUGAGCGAACAGCUCGCCAAUGGCCCGCAGGAUCCGGGAAUGUUCGAGGAUAUCCAAAAGAUUCGGAGGAUCGCUGGGGAUUCGGCUGGCCCGCGCGUGAAAGACAAGGUGGUCAUCGUCACCGGAUGCAACUCUGUCCUUGGAAUCGGACGCGCUUCCGCGCACCAAUUCGCUCACAACGGAGCCAAGGCCGUGUUCCUCUGCGAUUUCAGCGACCAAUAUCUCCCUACCCACAAACGAGAGCUCGAAUCGCUCUACCCCAAUGUCGAUGUCCACAUUCGGCAAUUCGACGCGGCUAAUGAGGAUGCAGUAAAGGGCGUGGUGCAGGAGGCCCUGGACAAGUAUGGCCGACUAGACGUCUUCUUCGCGAAUGCGGGCAUCGCGAACGCGCAGGUAUUCUGGGAGGAGGAGGCAGAUACGUUCAUGAACAUGAUGAGGACGAAUGUGCUGAGCGUCUUCCUCGCCGCCAAACACGCUUCCAUCGCCAUGCGCAAAACCUCCGCCUCAAAACCCUUCCCCUCGGGCUCCAUCAUCGGCACCGCCUCCGUCGCCGGCCUGCGCUCCAACGCCGGCGCCACCGACUACUCCGCCUCCAAAGCUGCCGUCGUCUCACUCAUGCAAACCUGCGCGUACCAGCUCGUGGGCUCCGGGAUCCGCUGCAACGCCAUCUGCCCCGGCGUCAUCGAGACGGGGAUGACCGCCGGCAUGUACUCGGCGGCACGUGCGCGAGGAACGGAGAAGAAGAUUGGCCAGCUGAAUCCGCUACGAAGAGGCGCGGCGGCGGAUGAGGUCGCGCGUGUGGCUCUGUUCUUGGGGAGCGAUGAGGCGAGCUAUGUCAAUGGACAGGCGUGGGCAGUUUGCGGUGGUUUGAGCGCUGGUCAUCCAUACGUGUUGGGUAAAUUGUCAUGA